UCUGGCAGCCAAUGGCGUGGCAGAGGAGCCGCCUGUCCCGGAGAGCUGGGCGCAGGAGGGGGCGGGGACGUUUUGCUUGUGACAUGGCGGCGGCUACUAGUACCAGAUAGUCCAGAGCGUGGGGCCUAAGGUUAGAUGUCCGAAUAGCAAGGGUGACAGGCGUUCCAAUGAAGCGGACUCAUACACCCCCGGUGAACCUGACAAAUGGUGCCCUGCGCUCGCUCUCCCAGGAGCUUGGCAAGGGUAGCGCAUUGAUGUUGUCGGCAGCAGUCCUGGAGCUACCCAGCCCCGAAGUGCGGGGGCAAAUGCACCGUGAUGGCUACAGGUUGGGGUCACAGAGCGAAGCUCCGGUGUCGGAGAGCAAAACUGGUGGCACCGUCAAAGUCUAUCUUCCAAACCAGCAAAGGACAGUGGUCAAUGUCCGGCCUGGAAUGACAGUCUACGAUUCCUUGGAUAAGGCUCUGAAAGUGCGCGGUUUGAACCAGCAGUGUUGUGCAGUCUACCGCCUUUUACAUGGGCGAAAAACCUUAACAGACUGGGAGACGGAUAUCACCCCGCUGGUUGGAGAGGAACUGAUGGUGGAAGUUCUUGCCGAUGUCCCUCUGUCUAUGCACAAUUUUGUGAGGAAAACGCAUUUUAACCUGGCUUUCUGUGACUUCUGCCUGAAAUUUCUGUUUCAUGGUUUCCGCUGUCAGACCUGUGGGUACAAGUUUCACCAGCACUGCAGCAGUAAAGUGCCCACCGCCUGCGUGGACAUGGCCAAACUGCCCAAACCAGCAGGCAGUUAUCCGGAUUUCUCGUUCUACCCUGAUUAUUCCCUUGGCAUUAUCCAUGAACCCUACACCCCGCAACCAUCCACCAGCCCCCGGACACAGCACCCUGGAGCUGAUUCCUUUCCAUUCCCCAGCGAGGGUCAACCCCUGCAACGGCAUCGCUCCACCUCCACCCCCAACGUUCAUAUUGACAGCACCACUGGCCCCGUGGAUAACAGCAUUAUUGAGGUACCCUGGCAGGCAGAGACUGGAUUCUUCUAA